GUGGCGUCCGCUAGCAUCGCCGGAGGGAGACGGUGCGCCCCCGGGGCACCAGUCCACAGGCGCCUAGGUGCCCCUCCCUUUGGCCACCUUUCGCCCGCCCGCUGCCGCGAGCCAAGGCCGGCGCCCCGCCCGGAGAUGGCCAGACGCGUGGAUGGCGUGGUUCCCGGCGCCGCCAGAUCGCAGGAGCCCGGCGGCGGGGCGCUACGCUGAGGCUCUAGCUCGGAGCAGCCCGGGAAGCCUGCAGGUGUCCUUGGCCGCCGAGCCACCGCCCGGGAGACUCCUUCGCCGAUGCCCAGAGCCCCGCUCCCGCGAGCGGCGUCGCCCCCCCAGCCCCGGGCUCGGCGCAGAGCAGGACGCCCCGUCUGAGGCCCCCCUGCCCCAGCGCGGCCCCCGCCGUGCUGCGCCCAGCCUAGCGCCGCUCCCAGCCGCUACCAAGCCGCGGACGCAAGACCGGAGCUCCCUCCUGCGGGCACGCUUGUUUUCCUGCCGCCGCCUCGCCCUGCGCAGCGCCCGCCCGCCAGAUCGCCGCGCUCCGCUCAGCCCCGCCCGCCAUCCGUGCCCUGCGCUGGAUUUAUGAAUGGGGGGAAGAGGCCACAUGCCGCCACCGCCGCCUCGUGUUGACCGCACGGAGCCUGGGCCAGCGGAGCUCCGGCUGCCGUGAGAGCGUCGGCCCGGCAGCCGCUCGGAGGACUUGUUGCUGCUGCGCUGCCGCCGCCGCCGCCGCGGGGAAGCCGGCUGCUCCCGGGGCUCCGCGCGGUCAGGGAGCCGGAGGGUGGCCGGUGUGAGUGUGAACGCCCUCGCGCCCCGGCCCCUCGCAGUGCUCCUGGACUGUGCGCUCCCUGGUCUUUUUUUGGGGGGGGGCGUGUCCCGGGCCGGAGCGUCUGAGUGUCCAGUACUAGCAGGGGCGCGUGUGAGUGCUAGCCCUGCCUUCCCCGGCCCCUCGCAGGGGUCCUCGGCUCUCCUUUCCCCCUCCUGCCUCCCUCCGCGGCGCUGCCUGCCCAAACCCCAACCACCUGUGCACCGGAGAAACCCAACUCCUGCUCCGCGCCCCGGGGGGGGAGGCAGGGGAGGCAGGGACAGAGCCACGCCGCAGAGGGGGCCGCCGCCGCCUCCUGCCUCCUCGCCGUCUCCUCCCCCUCCCCGGUCUGACGCUAACUCCUUGGGAAGGGUGUUUGGAGGGCAGCGGCCGCCCCAAGCCGAAGCCCCGCAGCGCUUCUUAUGAUCAGCUCGGUGUGUGUCUCCUCCUACCGCGGGCGCAAGUCUGGGAACAAGCCUCCGUCCAAAACAUGUCUGAAGGAGGAGAUGGCCAAGGGCGAGGCGUCGGAGAAGAUCAUCAUCAACGUGGGCGGCACGCGACAUGAGACCUACCGCAGCACCCUGCGCACGCUACCCGGCACCCGCCUCGCCUGGCUGGCCGAUCCCGACGGCGGGGGCCGGCCAGAGUCGGAUGGCGGCGGUGCGGGCAGCAGCGGCAGCAGCGGCGGGGGCUGUGAGUUCUUCUUCGACCGGCACCCGGGCGUCUUUGCAUACGUUCUCAACUACUACCGCACAGGCAAGCUGCACUGCCCCGCCGACGUGUGCGGGCCACUCUUCGAGGAGGAGCUCACCUUCUGGGGCAUCGACGAGACCGACGUGGAGCCCUGCUGCUGGAUGACCUACCGGCAGCACCGCGAUGCCGAGGAGGCGCUGGAUAUCUUUGAGAGCCCGGACGGAGGUGGCGGUGGCGUAGGGCCGGGCGACGAGGCCGGCGACGAUGAGCGGGAGCUGGCCCUGCAGCGCCUGGGGCCCCACGAGGGAGGCGCGGGCCCUGGCGCGGGGUCCGGGGGGUGCCGCGGCUGGCAACCUCGCAUGUGGGCGCUCUUCGAGGAUCCCUACUCCUCCAGAGCGGCCAGGGUGGUAGCCUUCGCCUCUCUCUUCUUCAUCCUGGUGUCCAUCACCACCUUCUGCCUGGAGACGCACGAGGCCUUCAACAUCGAUCGCAACGUGACGGAGAUCCACCGAGUGGGGAACACCACCAGUGUGCGCUUCCGGCGCGAGGUGGAGACGGAGCCCAUCCUCACCUACAUCGAGGGCGUCUGUGUGCUGUGGUUCACACUGGAGUUCCUGGUGCGCAUCGUGUGCUGCCCAGACACGCUGGACUUCGUCAAGAACCUGCUCAACAUCAUCGACUUCGUGGCCAUCCUGCCCUUCUACCUGGAGGUCGGGCUGAGUGGCCUGUCGUCCAAGGCGGCCCGCGACGUGCUGGGCUUCCUGCGGGUGGUCCGCUUCGUGCGUAUCCUGCGUAUCUUCAAGCUCACGCGCCACUUCGUGGGGCUGCGCGUGCUGGGCCACACCCUGCGCGCCAGCACCAACGAGUUCCUGCUGCUCAUCAUCUUCCUGGCCCUGGGCGUGCUCAUCUUUGCCACCAUGAUCUACUACGCCGAGCGCAUUGGCGCCAGGCCCUCCGACCCGCGGGGCAACGACCACACAGACUUCAAGAACAUCCCCAUCGGCUUCUGGUGGGCCGUGGUCACCAUGACGACGCUGGGCUACGGGGACAUGUACCCCAAGACGUGGUCAGGCAUGCUGGUGGGGGCGCUGUGUGCGCUGGCCGGCGUGCUCACCAUCGCCAUGCCCGUGCCUGUCAUCGUCAACAACUUCGGCAUGUACUACUCCCUGGCCAUGGCCAAGCAGAAGCUGCCCAGGAAACGAAAGAAGCACGUGCCUCGGCCGCCCCAGCUCGAGUCGCCCAUUUACUGCAAGUCCGAGGAGACAUCCCCCCGGGACAGCACCUACAGUGAUACCAGCCCCGCUGCCCAGGAAGAGGCCAUGGUGGAGAGGAAACGGGCAGAUUCCAAGCAGAAUGGCGAUGCCAACGCGGUGCUCUCAGAUGAGGAGGAGGGAGCUGCCCUGACCCAGCCCCUGGCCUCCACCCCGAACCCUGAGGAGCGCAGGGCCCUGCGACGCUCAGGCACUCGAGACAGAAACAAGAAGGCAGCUGCCUGCUUCCUGCUCAGCACUGGGGACUAUGCCUGCGCUGACGGUAGUAUCCGGAAAGGCUGUGCAAAGUCCCGGAGUCUAAACAACAUAGCCGGAGCUGCUGGAAUCAGUCUGGGGCUCUCUCCACUGGCAUCGCGGUACAGCUCGCCCUACCCUCCGAGAAAACUCCUGCUCUCCCCCCCUUUCCACCCCCUCACCAGCCCACCCCCCAGACACUCAGCCCCGUAGCUGAACCCUCGGUUCUCUUGCCUCUGGGCACACAAGCACGCACACGCAGGACCAGGCACACUCAUGCUCGCCAGCCCUCAUUCCUCCCGGAGUCUGAGGGAGCCGGGCAGGAUGCAGGCGAAUUCAGGCCCCUGGACCUCUCCGCAGCACCCAGCUCUCCAAAAUGCUCAGGUCUGGGGCCUGAGAGCAGGGGGAGAUGACUCUCAGGGCUCCCCCGUCCUGAGCCGAAGGUGCUGGCAUUCUCACGACCCUCUGGGCCCUGCCUCCCCCUCAAGGUCCCUUCUUAGUCACAGCAAAUGCAUUUCCAUUUCUCGUGGCCUUCAACCAGUGACCAAACAGCCUGCAACCGAAUGUCUGUCUGUCUGUCUGUCCAUCCCACACCCAGACCAGCAAGGAAAAUAAGGCUGUCCUGUGGGGCAUCUCUGCUGGUGUCCAGGGGGCUUGUCUCCUCAGGGGAGCUGUGCCGCCCUGCGAGAAGAGGCCUGAUGUUCUCCAGCUCUGGCCUGGGGCGCAAGUGGGGGGUUCCAUAAAGUCUGAGCCCCAGGAUUGUCUUCCUGGGUGCAGGGAUGUCCUCUCUAGGGUGACACCCUGCAGCUGAGCCCAGCAGCCCAUCUGCGCCCCGAGCCUCAGCACCUCUCGCCACGCUGCUUCCUCUGCUUCCACGACAGUUCUGCUUCCCUCUCCAGUUUUUCUUCCCUCUCCGGCUCUCUCACACUCGCAGCCCAGCCUCUGAGUCACCUGCCGCUCCCACCCAGCCUCUGCGCUCUGUAUUGCUGCCAGAGCCGGAGACUCAUCUAAUUUCUAUAAUUAAGUGUAUUCAUUUACCUAACGAGCCUGGGAGCACAACAGGUUUGUGAGUCAUUGUGUGAGUAGGGGUGCCCUCUGGGCAGGGGCAGCUGAGGGGAAGUGUGGGGACAGAGCCAUCCUGCCCUCACCGACUCUUGCACAGGCACCCUGCCACUCUCAGGGAGGGCCAAGCCACAAGUGGCCCCUCCCCCAGCAGUGCACAGCACGAGGCACUCCAGGCCCUUCUCAGUCCUGGGACCUGGGGACGCCUCAGCCAAGUCAUUUCCUGUUUCACCUGAUGGGAAUGAGACCUGACAGCAGAGCCGUGCGCCUAGCAAUUUUUAGAGUCAGAUUAUGCAAUUUUGUAGAGGGAAUGACUAAGUAAGGGCCAUGUCUGCUCCUUCCAGGGUGGGCAAAGAGAGGUACACAAGACAGCAUUCGGGAGGAGACCGAGAAAUCAGGGGGCCACCCCAGAAAGGGAACUGGGCAGCAAGGUCAGAUCACUGCAGGGGUGCUGAGAGAAUCCCCAUUUCAGGGCUUUCUUUCUGGAAGGUAGUCCCUUCCAGAAAGGUCUGUUCCAGGUGGGUGCUGGGAUAGCCCAGCCCUCCUGUGGUCUCUAGGGCCUGCGUCCCACUUUCUCUCAGAAUGAAGUAUUCCCCUAAGAAUCGAGAAGAUACAGGGGUGUCCAUGUGACCUCCCUUCAGAAGGGGCUUUAAGGGACAGGAACAGGAAUGGCCUGUGGAGCAGGAUGGAGACGCCAAGCACCCUCUCCCUCACGACCAAGUGUGAGCCCAGCUGCUCCUUCGUGAGGACAGAUUCAGUUCUGCCUCGGCAGGGCUUCCUGGCACCAGAGUCCUGGCUCUGACUGGGACCCGAUGAGCUAGGUGUCCAGUUUAGCACGGGCACCACAGCUAUUUUCUCCUCUGACUUGUCUUUCUGGUUCAUGGAACUGAGGCGGUUAUUUCUGUGGCAGCCCUCAAGUUGUCAGGAGCCCAAGUUUCCACGGCACCCACCGCCUCCUUCCCUCUCUUCUCUCCCACAGGGAUGGGCACCCCUGUGGUGGGCACAGAUGUCCCUAGGCGACCUGAUGCAGGAGUAUCAGGCUGGAGCCCCUAGGGCCUUGGGAGAAGGGCUGCCACAUGUCCCUCCCUCCCGGCUCUCUGGCUGCUACAGGACCUAGCUAAUGGGAGAGCUGAGUAGGCUGCCUGCCCUGCUACCUCUCAGGACCUGGGCCUUCCCAGUGCCCUAAGAAAGGGCAGAGCAAGUCCUGGAGCUUACAAAGACCCACCAUACACCGAGGUCUGCCUAGGGAGGAGGCUGCCUGAACGGGCUUCAGGCUCACCAGGCCUUGGGCCUCCCUCCUCGGGGAAGGCUACCCGAUCCCAUCUGAGAGCACAGUUUGCUUUCCCUUGGAUCUUGACUUGGACCUAUAUCCGUUACUUUGGCUUCUGGAAGCCUUUUCUCUCUAGCUGGGGCCCAGCCUCUCCUGGCAGAGCAAUAAAGCAGCCCAGUAGGAGUUAUUAACCUUACCUUCCAGUUGGUAGCAGGGCCACUGACAACCCCAGAGGCCACUUCUCAGCCCCCCAGGGCUUCUGAGAAGAGUGGCUGUGAGCUGGAACCAGAGGAGAAGGUGCCUCUUCAGCCUAGAACCUGGGCUGCAGGAGAGUUGGAGGGGAGGCUGCAUACCAGCCUGAGGGCUGGUGCUGCACUUUCACAGAGCUUCCUGAGAGAGGAGGGCCUCUUCUGCCCGGGCCAGAGAGUAUCACCCUCCAAAAUGUCUGACUCCCUGCCUGCCCAACCUGUGCCUGCACUGGGAAGGUAGGGGAAGUUCCCUUCCCAGGCCCUUGGCAUCCCAGGCUGAGGUGGGAUUCCCAGGAGCCCUCAUGGAUGGGUUGGGUUUUUCAAUAUGAUGAUAUUUUCUAGCCUUCUCUCCUGAGAUAGGCACAUUCGUCCUCCCUGACCUUCACCUUCAGCAUUCACCCGGCAGCCCCUGGGACUCUGUUCCUGCCAGAUUGAGGAAGGGGGCCUGGGGACACCAUGGAAGUGCACUCAGCAGCCAUCUUCAGCCCUCUGCAACAGGGGAAGAGCCCCAGCUGGUGGUGGCAGGUGGAGCUAUGCUGGG